AUGGAGCGCGUGCCCCUCGAUAACCGGAAGACGUUCACGCUCGCGAUCGUCGGUGGCGGGAUCGCCGGUCUCGCCCUUGCGAUCUCGCUCUACCACCGCGGUAUAAAGGUGCAAAUGUACGAGCGCGCAGCGGCGUUUGGCGAGAUCGGCGCCGGCGUCUCCUUCACCCCGAACGCUCUGCAGGCGAUGAAGUUGUGCCAUCCCGACAUCUACGAGGCCUUCCUGAAGGUGUGCACGCGGAACACGGCGCCCGAGAAGUCCGACGUCUUCUUCGACUAUGUGCGCGGGUACGAUCCGAGUGGGCAUGCGGGCGAGAUUGUUUUCACGGCCCGCAACGAGUUUGGGCAGAACGCUGUCCACCGCGCUCACUUCCUCGACGAGGUCGUCAAGCUCCUCCCGCAAGAGGGGAUCGUCGAGUUUGGCAAGCUGCUCACGUCGCUCGAGGAGACGAGCGAGGGCGUGACGCUCAGGUUCGCCGAUGGCAGUGUCCGACACGCCGACGCCGUCCUCGGCUGCGAUGGCAUUAAGAGCGCAGUCCGUCGCUCAAUGUUCCCCGGGCACCCCUGCGCCAACCCAACAUACACGCACAAGUACGCCUACCGCGGCCUGAUCCCCAUCGACGCCGCCACUGCCGCCGUUGGCCCCGAACUCGGCCAGAACAGCUUCAUGCACCUCGGUCCUGGCGGGCACGUACUCACCUUCCCUGUCAACCAUGGAGCCACACUCAAUGUCGUCGCGUUCUACACCGACCCGAACGAGUGGAGCGACCACGAGCGCUUGACCCGUACCGGAACGCGGGAGCAGGCGCUGCGCGACUUUGGAACGUGGGGCGAGCCAGUUCGCAAGCUUCUGUCAAUGUGCGAUGAAACGCUGCCCGUGUGGGCGAUCUUUGACCUCGGUCAUCCCGCACCGAGCUUUGCGAAGGGCCGCAUUGCGAUCCUCGGCGACGCGGCGCACGCCACGAGCCCGCACAAUGGAGCAGGCGCAGGCAUGGGCAUCGAGGACGCGGCGGUACUCAGUGCCAUUCUCGCCAGCGACUAUGUCACGAGACCGAAACAUCUGCAGGCGGCACUCCAGGCAUACGAUGUGGCCAGGAGAGAGAGGGGACUCUGGCUCGUGCGGGCUAGUCGCGAGCUGGGCAAGAUCUACGACUGGCAGGGGAAGUAUGGCGACGACAUGGGCAAGAUCGAGGGACAGCUCAAGGACAUGCAGAAGGUCCUGUUUGACGUCAACGUCGCUCAGAUGUGUGAGGAGGCGAUUGCCGAUGCGGCGCAGAGGAUCGCCCCGCGGAGUCGUCUGUGA